AUGGCCAAACCGCGAAGCAACGUCCAGUUUCAACAUCGUGGGAGCAUGAGCAACGGAAAGGCGCGACGGCCCAGCAGCAGCAUGUCAAACAUUAGCGAGACAGGCUCUGAGCCCGAUGCUCCUGCCGAUCGAAAUGGCGUCAUCGCAAAAAGCGAGGGAGAGCCCAAAAGCCAGUCUGAUUACGAGAAGAAGAAGGAAACAUUCAUCACCCGCACAAUAUGGACUUUGAUCAUGAUAGGCAUCUUCUUCGGCGGUAUGUUCGCUGGGCACAUAUACAUGAUAAUGAUUGUCACCGCAAUACAAAUCAUCUCCUUCAAGGAGGUCAUCGCGAUAUCGAACGUACCAAGCCGAGCGAGGAGUCUGCGCUUUACCAAGACCCUGAAUUGGUACUUCUUGGGGACGACGAUGUACUUUUUCUACGGAGAGAGUGUCAUAUACUACUUCAAACACAUCAUCCUCAUUGACAGGGUGCUCCUGCCGUUCGCAACACACCACCGGUUUAUAAGCUUCAUGCUCUAUGUGAUAGGCUUCGUCUUCUUCGUUGGCUCCCUACAACAGGGCCACUUCAAGUUCCAGUUCUCACAAUUCGCCUGGACCCACAUGGCCCUCCUCAUCAUUGUGUUCCAGGCUCACUUCAUCAUGAACAACCUGUUUGAAGGCAUGAUCUGGUUCUUCCUACCAGUAUCUCUUGUCAUCACGAACGACAUCUGGGCAUACAUAUGCGGGAUAACGUUUGGCCGGACCCAGUUGAUCAAGCUGUCACCAAAGAAAACAGUGGAAGGCUUUGUUGGAGCUUGGAUCUUCACGAUGUUCUUCGGGGUCAUCUUGACAAACAUCUUGAUGCGUUAUAAGUAUUUCAUCUGUCCAGUCAACGAUCUCGGCGCAAACUUGUGGACGGGCCUCGAAUGCACGCCCAACCCAGUCUUCAUCCCUCACACCUACCGCCUCCCGUUUAUUCCACCGACCUGGACCCACCUCCCCCAAACCCUCACCGUCGCCCCAAUGCAAUUCCACAUUCUCGUCUUCGCAACCUUUGCCUCGCUGAUUGCGCCCUUCGGCGGCUUCUUCGCCAGCGGCCUCAAACGCACCUUCAAGAUCAAGGACUUCGGCGAUAGUAUCCCCGGCCACGGCGGCAUGACGGACCGCAUGGACUGCCAGUUCAUCAUGGGGUUCUUUAGUUUUGUGUACUAUCAGAGCUUUAUUGCGGUUAACAAGGCGAGCGUGGGCGGUGUGCUUGAGAUGGCGGUGCAAGGGCUGAACAAUGAGGAGGUGGUGGAGGUUGUGAGGGGGUUAGUGAAGUAUUUGGUUGGGCAGGGGAGAUUGGAUCCGAAGGUGCUGGAGUAUCUUCAAGGAAACAUGGUAAAGCGGUCACGGAUUUGA